CGGAACAAACAUGAAGAACAAGUCCACUUGAGUUUACAAUGCACACAGUUUUUAUGUAUACUGACAUGCUUCCCGAACGAUUGCACAGUGAUUUGUUAUCAUAAACAACAAUUGUCAAAUUAGUGAAAUGAUAUAGUUUCUCUUCUUUUGUAGACUAUUUAGUAUUUACAAGUUUUAAUUCCCGCCAUUUUCCAGAGUCUAACACUAUGCAAACAACUAUAAAUCCUAUGACCUGAGAUAACCUAAGAACCAUAAAAGCUGAAGAAUUGUCGUAGCAAUGAUCAAGAAAGCAAUUGCAGCAGUUGUUGGAAUAAUUAUAUUACAGUUUAUUGUUAAAACUCUACAUACCUUGGAAAUUUUUAAGUAUGUGUAUAACCAUACACCAGGACCCUGCAGAAUUGUUCCUGGAGAAGGAAUUGGAUAUGAAGACAUGGAGACAUUACCUAAUGGUUUAACACUUAUUACAUCAGGUCUUGUUAUGCCCUCAGCUUCUCCUACAGUUCAUGCAUACCACAAGAAGCACAAUAGAAAAGGAAGAAUAUAUUUGUUUGAUUUUAAUCAUCCAGAUAAAGGCAUAGAAGAACUUACUAUUGUUGGAGACCAGUUCAACCAGUCUGAUUUUGGUCCACAUGGCAUUAGUUUGUGGAAAGACAAUAAAGAUAAAGUUACAGUAAUGGUGGUUAACCAUGGAUCCAAAGAGGAUAGCCUAGAAAGGUUCCUGUUUAUAGCUAAAGAUAAACAGCUGAAGCAUGUCCAGACUUACAGAGACCCAAACAUACACUUUAUAAAUGAUGUAGCAAUGGACAGUGAUAAUAGUUUUUACUUCACAAAUUAUGCCUACUAUAAGAAUGGACUUCUUCACCUAUUAGAGAUGGUCCUACCAUUAGCCUACGGAAAUCUGAUGUAUUAUGAUGGGAAAGCAUACCACAAACAAGAUGAAGGCUUUGUUACAACAAAUGGUCUGAUGUUAUCACGUGAUCAAAAAUAUUUGUACAUGGCAGAGCCAGCCCCAAAGAAAUUCCAUACUUUUAAAAGGCAGAAAAAUGGAACAGUUAAAAGAUACCAGGAAUUUGAUGUAAAAACAGGAAUAGACAAUCCCACUUUGGAUAAAGAUGGUAAUGUGCUGCUCGGUGCUCAUCCAAUAGCAUGGCAAAUCUUAAAACAUUUAGAUGAUCCAGAAAGUCAAGCACCUUCACAGGUGAUUAAACUUCACAUGAAAGAUGGAGUUGUGACUAAGAUGACCGAAGUUUUAAGUGAUGAUGGUCAACUCCUGAGUGGAUCUACAGUGGCCUCUCUUUAUAAGGACGCUAUGUUGGUAGGAACGGUUCAACAUAAGUUGUUGUUUUGUGAAGUACGUUGGAUGGAUUGAUUGUGUUACUUUGUUUUCCAUGCAGCUAAUGAGUAAAAUGAAAUCCCAUUGCAUGAAACAUAUUCAUGCAUGUAUACACAUGAAUAGCAGUUCCAUGACGAAGAAUAUAUCUGCUUUUAUUGUGUUUUGGGAAAGCCAUGAAAAGUAAACUUUCAGUUUGAGAUCAAGGUUCGUGUACUGUUGAUUCAUUAUAAUUUUUGGAAUGCCAGGGGCGUAGCUAGGUACUUGGUCAACUGUAGGCACCAAUCGGCAGGGGGUCUGGGGGCCGCUGAAGGCCCCCAGUAGGUCCAGGGCAGAGCCCUGGUAGGGGGUUCAGGGGGCGAAGCCCCCCGACGGAAAACGGUUUUCAGUGUUUUAGCUGCAAAAUUUUAUGUAAAAAAUAUUAAAUUUAUUGGUUAUUUAAUCAAGAAAAUUAUAAUAUACACGAUGAAAAGUUCGAAGAAUUAUGAAUAAUUUACCAUAACAUCUGACUGGUGAAUUAAAUAUAAACGCAGUACAAACGGAAAUAUUUAUAUAAAAAAUAUUUACAAUAUGCAUUGCAUUAGUGUAUCCUUUUGAUUAAGCAGUCCACCCACCCUGUUUGGUAUUUUCAUAUCUCUGAUAAAUACCCUUAAUUUGAUUUUUAGUACAUAUUGACGAUCGUUCAUUAAAAAAAUAGGCACGUAAAUAAUGAUAUUACUAUAUAAUAAAACUAUCCUUUUGGCUAGACAUCAACCAUCAAGUUUUUGAUUCUUAAGCCAUCACCGAAGCCACACAAACACAUACACACAUAGUCGAUGCCUGGCUUAUGCAAAAGUUUUGUUCUGUUCAUACUAUCGUAACAAAAUUUAAGAAAUUCAUAUAUCUUUUCAUAAAUACUUAUGCAAGUUCAGGAUUUUCAUAAAUAUUUAUGCAAGUUCAGGACAAUUUUUUUUUUUUUACAAUAAAUACAACAGGGAGCUAGGUCCUGUAAUAGGUGUCGUACGGGACGAAGUUCUGGAAAUUUUAAAAUGCCAUGCAUUACAUCGGAAAAUGAUGGAUUAUUGGAUAGGAGCAGAAACUUUGCCUUUCAGUAGACCAACUACGAACUCAUCAAAGAGUAGCAUUCUCUCUACAGCUAAGCGUCGGAUUUACUGUCCCCAUUCUGACCAGACGUGACUGUAUUUAUACAUCCCACACAGCCAAACAGACGACCAACAUUGGCAAGGGUUUUUAUUGUAGAUCGGGUGAAGACAAAGUGGAUAGCUAGUUGAAAACUAACAACAACUAUAAUUAAAAAAAUCAUGUCUCUAAAUUGAGGUUCAUUCAAGUUUUUAUUGACAGAGGUGUCUGAACCAAAGUUUUUGUUUAGUUUCUAUAUAAGUACGUUAAAUCAUAUAUAACAUUUAAUUAUAUCCAAUAUUCCAUUCAUUCACUAACUUAAGGACGAGAGACUGGUGUACAAAAUUUUUAAUGACAUUCGUCAUCGAUGAUUAAAGAGUUUUGGCAUCUUCACUGGCGUUCAUCUACGAAUAACGUUGUUUAUUAUUUUUUUAAUAAAAAAAAUAUUUGUGCAAAAAUUAUGUGUAGGCACGUGCCUAUAGUGCCUAACGGCAGCUACGCCCCUGAAUGCCAAUUUUCGUAAGUGAACAAUGUAUCUAAAUGUUUAACAAAGUACAAAUUUUGUAUGACUUGUAUGCAAACCUUAGUAAAUCCACGAAAUCAGUAUUUAGUCCAUAAAUAACACCUUUUUCAGGGGUAUCUGCUCAGUUUAAACAAAUUUUAUUGUCCAAAAAACAUUGACAAUAGGAUUAGACACAAGUUUUGCAACUUAGAAUGUCUUCUCCAUACUGUAUCUGCUUUAUGGUGCAUGCUAACAUAAAAACAUAUAAACAGUUGUACAAUUAUUCAUUAUCAUGUAUAUAAAUAUUGAGUGAUCCACCAUGUCAUAAUCAAAAACACAGAAAUUGUCAAAGUUGAUCCUUCAAAAUAUACACUAAAAUGUGAUACAAACAUUUAAGAAAUUUGAUGGAAUUUUUUACAUUGAAUAUCAAAAGUAAUUUGUUUUUUAAGUUUAAUUAUGGUAUAUGUACAGAAAUAUAUUUUUAUUAUGUGAUAAGUGGUGAACAGUAUAUUUGAAGACCUUCUUGACUUGCAAUGUUUUUUUUCGGUGAUAUAAAUCAAAUCAAAUAUAAAAUCAAACAAUCUGACAUGGUCCCACAGGGGGCAUUUACAGUUAAGGAAUAACAGUACUGUAGUUGAAGAGUUGCCACCGUAAAUUGUAGAUUUGACGGUCGAAAAUGCAGUUUUACUGGCGACGCGUAGCGGAGACAGUAAAACGGAGAUUUGCGACUGUCAAAUCAAAAUUGACUGUGGCAACUCUUCAACUACAGUACUGUUAUUCAGAUUCUAAUGCAUUACAAAAAAAAUAAUACGAUAAAACUUGAAAAAAAGGUCUAAAUUUGACAAAUAAAAAAAAUCCGCGAAACUUCAUGAAUGAUUUUGGCGCAAAGACAUCAUGGCUAAACGUGACGUCAUACAAAUGAAAACUUACAAACUGGAGAUUAUUACGUUACCUGUAAGAUUCAAAUUUGGAUAAAAUUACAUUAAAAUGGGGAAUUCGAGGUAGGUGUUGUUUUAUUUUCGAUUAUAUAGUAGUAAUUGAACAUUUGUUGAUUCAACAAUUCCAAAUGGCGGGUCCAUCCUUAGUUACGCCUGGUCAACUGUGGAUUUGACGGCAACUUUUAGCCAAUGAAAAAUAUUGUUACAUAAAAAUUGCAUUAGAAUUAAUAAUUAUAAUACAUGUACUGACAAAUAGAGCACCAAUUAUAAGACAUUGUACAGCAUAUAAUGUCAUUAUGUGACAGAUAUCAUAAAAGAUGUAAGAAAAUAACAAUAGUAAAAGAGAAAAAAAAUGUCUAUAUGAAUAAACAUAUAGAAUAUAGAGCUAGAAAAAAAAUAUUCAAGCCAAUGUUUUCAAAUUAUUUGAAAUUAAAAUAUGUAAAGAAUUUCAAAUAUUGCAGAUUUAUUUUUUUAUAUAUUUUAAGAUUCCAAUAUUUAUUAACAAUUAAUAUGUAUUGACUUUUUGUGAAUUUUCAUGUUAGUGAGAGAGAAAAAAUGUUGUGAACAAUGAAUUAUGAAGUAGAUAUAUAUUAGAUAUAAAUAUAUAUAAUAUUAUACAUGACAGAAAAGUUAAGAACUCUUUAUGCAGUGCUUACAAGCACAUUAUUUAUAAAUUUAUACAAAUUUUCACUUCAAUCAGGUAAAAAAGUAUAAUUACGUCAUGCCAAACAUUAGUCCAUUACUUCCACACAAAAUAUUAAGACAGGAUCUACAAAAAAUCGUAAUGGCAAGUAUUAAUUAAUGGUCUUUGCAUUUUUUUGUUUAGCAAAUAUGUAUAUGUCAUUUGCAGUCAUAAAUUUUAAAAUCAGUUGGAAACUUUAGGUUAAUAAAAUAAUAUAUGAUCUGGCAGCUGCCUCUCCAUUUCUGUGAAAGGAUUUGUAUGAUUUAUUUGAUUUAUAUGAAUUAUUUGAUGAUAACUCACAUUUUGUUGUCUUUUAAUAUUUGUGUUUGCAGUUGCACUUUGUAACUCAGCAGUGAACAAUACUUUUUCCUCAAUGUAAAUGCUUGCCAUGACUAGUUACUUUUGUUUUAUUUCUUAAGGUUGGAAAUCCUGUAAUUUUGUUUAUUGCAAUUUUUGAUUAUUUUUGGAUAAUAAAAUAAAUAAAGGAUUUUGAUACACAUUUUUGUGUUGAUUAUAUAUUUGUUUACAGUCAAAACUUAGACACAAUUUACAUAUUUUGUAAUACGAAUAGUGUAUUCCUUAUACAUGUAGUUAUAAUUUUUAAUAUGAGAUAUUAUAAGUUUUAUUAAGUGAUAAUUAUUAUGCCUGCUUUUAAAAGAAAAGAUGAUUGACUUUAAAUAUCACGAAAUCAUAUAUUAAGGAAAGGAAAAUGACAUGAUUGUCUGGCAAUUUGUUUGUGUGUUGUAUGCUUCAAUUUUCCCCCUGACUAGACAUAUGAUUUAAAGGUCAACUAAAGGCCAGUUAAGGUCAGUUGUUCCCUAAACUUGUUGUUCAUUAUAAAACAAAGGUAUGUGUAUGUAUAAAGCUAGAAGCUGUAACAUCCACAAUUGUAUUGUAGUUAUCAAGAUUGUAUGCCUAGUAUUGCAAUUUAUGCUGUCAGAGAGAAAAUCAAAUCUUGAAAUUCUUGCUGUUCUGUAGUUUGAAAACUUUGAUUGAUUUCUAGUAAUUUGUGUUUGAUGUAUAUUUUUUACACUGUGUUUUGAUAAAAAUGCUUUACAUUGUUUUAUUAUAAUAAUCAAAAGAAUUCAAGUGAUUGUUUUCCUUAGUGCUGUUUAUGUUAAUAUGAUAAUAAUUUUAGUUUUAGCAAUGACCUUGAAUUGUUAUUGAUGUGAACAUAUUGUUGUGAUACAUAAUAAGAGUUACAUUUUAUGUAUUUAUUAAAAUAUGUAAUACAUCUAUAUACAUUUGUAAAUUAAAAAGCUUUUGAAAUACUUUUCAAUGGGGCUGCUUCAUUUGUUCUAGGUCGGGCUAUGCCCGGUUCGCCCUAUCACGUGACCGGGUUAAAUAUGGCUGAAAAUAAAACGAGUGGAACCGGCUGAUUUAAAGAUGGCGACAGAAGUUCAAAUUUAUACAUUUUUGCUUUCUAAGCUAGGGAAUAUAAAAUAUGAACCUAUUAACAAUAAAUAUAUAUUUUUAAGAUGCAGUCUUUUUUUCUGAGGCCUUAUUCAUCAUAAAAACGUUUCUCCGAGAUAAUUUUAUAAAUUUGAAAUUAAAAUAUAGCAUGGCAAUUUAAUAUCGUCGUAGUGGACUAAUUCAGUAUCAUGCAUCAUACUAGUCUGAUUGACAAAAAUCAAUAUUCACCUUUUAAAUUCCGCUAAUUUAUCUAAAUUUGCACUUUCCGCCAUACUUUUAUGACCGGCUGAUUGCUUGCCGGUUAGUGUACACCGGCGAGAGCGGCGUAUGCCUAUUUGCGCCGGCGGCUGAUUUUACAGCAAAUGAAGCGACUGUGCCUAUACCGGAAGCGUCAACCGGGCUAAGCCGGGCUAAGCCGCUGUGGCAAAUGAAGU